GGAAUUCAAUUGCACGUGAUAUUUAUCGAUAAGGGCAAUCGGCGGCCACAAAAAGCGUCAUGUUCCGGUCGCGGAGGAGGGGAUAGAGUCAUUUACCCCUCUUUUGAGUCGCUUGUGAAGAUGUCGGCGUUGCAGACAUUCCUGCUGGUCGUGGACCAUGACAAGCAGGAGGCUAAGCAGAUCGCUGAACGAAUUGCUCAAGAUGUGGAGACCAAGAAAACGACCCUUAUCGAAGUCGUCCAGUCGUUGGGAGAAUAUAUCAACGAUGAGGAUCCGAUUCUGCGAGGCAAAGCAGUCUCCUACCUGACUGCUGUGAUUAAAGCACUGCCGCCAAAGUUCCUUUCGAGACAACAGAUUCAGGUCCUAACUACCUUCUUCUGUGACCGUAUCCAAGAUGGUGGAGCUGUUGCUGGGCUGGACACACUUCAGAAGUUGGACCGCUUCAAUAAGGCAUUGGCGGAGGAAGUAGCGCAAGCCAUCUUUGAGCAUUUCCAAGACCUUCAAUCCCGGUCGCAGUCCCAGAGAUUCCAAGUAUAUCAAUUGCUGAACGAAUUGAUGUCUAACCAUCGCUCCGCUCUUCACGAUAUGGGUGAUCGUUCGCUAGUGGGAAUAGUAGAUCUUAUGACAGGUGAAAAGGAUCCUAGAAACCUCAUGCUUGUGUUUUCUAUCCUGAAGGUCGUGAUGGUAGAAUGGGAUAUUACCAGCCAUGCUGAGGUGCUGUUUGACUCUGUCUAUAACUACUUUCCAAUCACAUUCAGACCACCACCGAAUGACCCAUACGGUAUCACAGCCCAGGAUUUGAAAGAUCGUUUGCAGGAAUGCAUAUCAUCGACGAGUCUAUUUGCUCCACACUCUAUUUCAUCUCUAUUAGACAAACUUGACUCUACAUCACCAAAUGUCAAGAAAGAUGCUCUCAAUGCAUUGAUUGCUUGUAUCAACUCGUAUGACCCGGAUACUGUGUCUAGAUAUUCAAUCACGAUAUGGGAAUCAUUGAAGUUUGAAAUACUUAAUGCGCAGGAAGAGUUUCUCUCCGAGUUGUCCUUGCAAGCCCUACAGGACAUUGCCAAGAGAUUAUCGGAAGGUGUCACUCAGGUCUCUGAUCAAUUACCUCUUGCAUACUACAUGCGGCCUCUCACUAAGGAAUGUAAUGAACAAUUACAAGAGCCACAGCAGAAACAAGCGAAGCCUGCGCAACAAAUCCUUGGCUUCGUAUCGGCCGCUUCUUUUGCAUCAUUUACUCUGGCCGUGCAGGCAGUUGUUGCGCCGCUCCUGACAAUCUAUCAAGAAGCCGAUGGCAUCGCCAAACAGAGGGCUCUCUUGGACACCUUGGUUGUGCUCUUUGACUCCGCAAUCAAAAUAUUUGGUGAAUGGACAGCGCGCACCCCUGAGACGAAUAUCGACAACCCCCUGUUUGAGUUUAAAGAUCAAUUUUUCGACAUCUUUGGUCAGGCUUUAAUGGGUGUAAUCAAGGAAGAAGUGUCUUUCCGCACAACUGCUUUGAAGGGAUUCCUGCGUCUUUCCACUUUGCGAAACUUCUUCCAGGAUAAUGAAGUGGGUUUAUUUGUGCAGUAUCUUGAUGAGAUACUCCUGAAGGAGGAGUCUAUAGGCCGGGAUGAUCUGAAAAAGGAAGCAAUCGCGGCUUUGGUUGAGAUUUCGAAACAUAAACCGAGGCUGAUCAUGGAUAUCACUUUCCCUGCCUUUGUGGCGACGCUUCCCGAUUCCGAUGACGGGACGAAUCCCAACUAUAUAACGACACUUGAAACGCUCGCGCAAAUAAGCGUCGAGAAGGAUAUUUUCGAGACUUUAGUUCGUCGGCUACUUAGCAAGUUGAGUAUCUUGCUGCAGAAAGAACAGCCAGGCUCCGUAGCCUAUCCUAAGACGAUCCUAAUAACAAUUCUGUAUGUUAUGAGUCAAAGGAAUAUGGAUCAGGAUCCAAAUUUGGAACUAUACUACGACAAGAUAGUGGUUAGUAUGUGCCGCGACGUUGCUAUUUCAGCUUCAGGAAAGGCCAAAAAUGACAUUCUGAAUGAUGCCACGGUUUUGGAUACGCUUGGGAGACUCUGCAAUCUCAUUGUCCGGUCACUUCCUAGGAAUAAGCAGAAUGAAGUUGCAGAGAACAUCUAUACGUUAUACUCUACCGCUGACGACUUCUCGCCGGUGCCGUUCUUGGAUUCAGCCAGCGACGAUCUACAGCGCACCAUGAUUAUUUCGACAUAUCUUCUUGCAGGCCUUCCGACAGACUGCAUGAACCUACCUUAUACCAGCCCUAACAUGUCUGCUUUGCUCUUCGAUAUUGUAAAGCACUCCACUACUAGACUUUCGCCUGCAACACAUAUUGCGUUUCUGCGUCAUCUUGCCCUCUUGGUGAACAAGUUUCUGCCAAAAACCGAGCUAAGUCUUUCUACGGAGCUGUUCGACAAACUUCUCCCUCUUAAUGUCGAGGAUAAUAAAUUUAGUCCUGAAACAAUCAUGACAGUUUUCUGGCUUUCAAAGGCCUUAAGUUUGCGUCUUGCUCCGAAGACAACAAGUCUUCUAACUUCUUUACUAACACUUCUCUCAUCUCCGGAUGAAGUAACCAGCACGACAGCUGCUCGCGGUUUCGCAAUCCUCCUUAGAGACGAUGAUGUGCUCUCUGCCAUAAACGGAGCCAACAUCCGCCUGCUAUCAAAGCAACGUGUUUUCACAACCCUGGUGCCUCUCAUCUCAAGCAAAAUCCGCGAAGUCAACGUUGCAGGCAGUGACUCUCCUACCCCUGAACACAUUAAACCCGCACACUUAACAGCCUUGUCUGGAAUCCUAUCCAGCAUCCCCACAUCCCUGGUGAUGCCCGAACUCCCAACGCUUCUCCCCCUUCUCCUCCAAAGCUUGGAUCUCCAAACGUCGGACUCUCAAUCCGUCCGAGCCGCAACCCUCGAGACCCUGGCCGUCAUCAUCCGUGAUAACGGCGUCAGUGUCAUCGAGGAAUGCGGCCACGUCCAAAGCUUGGUAACCCGUCUACUCAAGACCGCAGAAUAUAAACCCGCUGGCGACAAAUCAACCGCAGUGAACAGUUCCCGGCUGCGCGUCGAUGCCUUGAAAUGUCUUUACCUGCUCGCGCAGAUGCCGGCUUCCGAUGCCCCCACUGUUACUAAAACAGGCAAGCUCUCCCCGCUUCUACCGGUCAAAGUUCAAGUGGUUCGCUCUUUGCACUCCGUUCUCGAUGACCCGAAACGCGAUGUGCGUAAAGCUGCUGUUGAUGCUCGAGGAGCCUGGCUUAGGAGAGUGGAUGAUGCUCCUGAUGACGAUGAAUAAAUGAUUUUACCUUGUUGGCCCUAUAUUAUUGUUUCCUUGUCAUAUUCAAGAACUUUGCCUUGUUUACGUGGUGCGAAAGGGUGAUGAAAAUGCGCCUGAUAAAUAUAGAUUUUCGGGGUUCUUUUAUCAAAACAUUUUGUCAGGGCACACUGCAUACAGGCAUUCUUUUGCAUAUCAUUCAAGGGCAAAUGCGAAAAAUACAUAUCUCUUAAAUGAGCUACGGGAAUGUAGAGCGUUCAAAAACACUAUGGUCUUUGGCAAAAGUUGAGGGUUAAUUGCUAGUCCUUAGAAAAAGAAUUGAUUUCCUUCCGUGAGUGACAAUUCUUCAAGUCAUGUUUUGGAUUCAACCAAGUUUCAACGGCAUGACAUACAACUGUAACAGUAUAACCAUCGAGAAUUUCUCUAACAGAAAGACUAUGAA